UCACCCCAGGAAGACAUGGUUUGGGUUAAUCUUACAAAUUGUUCCACCCAUCGAUUUACAACUUUUUGCCCAAAAAGUCCUAAUAAUAACAAGAUAUCUAAAUAUUUUAGAUGAACUAUCAAAUAAUAUUGUGUGUGAGAGAUUGGUACAACGAACUACCAAAUAUGGUGUUCUGAAUUAUAGUCUGAAGCUUGCAAAUUGGAUUUCUUCAAGUAAUUUUGUGUCAGAUUCGUUGGUCUUUGCAGUUUUGUCUGUCGCUGCGGCUCCUCCUACCCUGAGACUGUUGUGAGAUUGCAUGGACUGUCUGUGAACUGGUGAGCUGACGUUUGGAACAAAAGAAACAGCGGCAACGUUUUGAAGUGUGUGAUCAUCCGAACAGGAAAGAAACAAAAUGAAAUUCCGCUUUUGUGGGGAGUUGGAUUGCCCCGACUGGGUGUUGGCAGAAAUAGCAACUCUGGCAAAGAUUACCUCCAUCAAGAUGAAGCUUCUCUGUGCCCAGGUGAUGAAGGAUUUGCUGGGAGGGAAAAUGGAUUACGAGAAAGUCCACAAGUUGACGGCAGAUGCGAAGUUUGAAUCCGGUGACAUAAAAGCCAGUGUAGCUGCCCUGAAUUUCAUCUUGAGUAACGCGGCCAAAUAUAGCGUGAGUGGCGACGUAUUGUCAAAUGAACUCCAACAGCUUGGUUUGCCAAAAGAACAUUCCACUGCUCUGUGUAAGUCAUACGGCGAUAAUCAGAGGUCACUUCAGGAAGAAUUACGCAGAAAAAGCCUGAGAUUGUCCCAUUUUGAGUCCAUCGAAUGGAGAGUUGAUUACAUCAUAGGGUCCAGUGAAUUAAAGGAAGUGAACGAGCCCAGCAUACAACUUCUUUUGAAAAAGAGAAAUCCGGACACAGACUCCAUCGAGAAGGUCACGUUCACGCUAUCCGAGGAUAAAUUCCGCGUGUUUUUGAGUGAUUUAAAACAAGCGAAAGGCAUCAUGGACGGAUUAGCUUGAACGAUGGAAAAUAAGUCUUGCCUAAGUCUAGGAUUUAUUUAAACGUGAACAUUGCAAUGUUUUGUGUGGGAAUAUAGAAUAUUAAAGGUUUUGUGCCUCUAGAUAAUGAAUGUAGUUUACAGAAUUCUGUGAAGGUGGCGCUGCAGAUAUACCCCCUUGAACUGAUAGAUUGAUAGACAGUGUUUACUGUACAGUGGAACCUCCCAUAGCGGACACCUCCCUAUUAAGGACAACCAUCUCUAUAGGGCGCUAGUGUUGGUCCGAACACAUUGGUUGUUUUCAUACAAUUUAACCUCUCUAAUCGGGACACCUCUCCAUUGAGGACAGCACUUGUCAGUCCCGAGGGCAUCCGUAAUAGAGAGGUUCUACUGUCCUGUGGUAAACUCUGUUAGUGCUGAGCCGGCAUUUUCUUGAGACACUCCUCAAUGCAUUCCAAAAGAGACCGUAUUCUUUUGUAUAGACUGGUGCUGUUAACUUAAUACUGUGUGGAGGCAAGAGUUAGGUUUAUCAUAUUUGUAAAUAAUAAAACUGUACUAGUAGAAUA